AUACAGGAGAGGGGGAUAUAAUAACAGCAGCGGCAACAGAAGGACUCCUGCUCUUGCCUCCCCAGCUACAAGAGUUGCAGAUUUUAGAUUGCAAAAAGAUGAGCUUGCUCUCUGGCCCACUGCAUAACAACGACCAGCAAUCGGCAGCGGGAGAAGUAAGGGGAGGGGGGCUCCAGCGUCUCUGCUCCCUUCGCGUCUUGUAUGUUAUAUGUUGCGACGAGUUCCUCUCUUCCUAUUCCUCCCGGCCAUCAUCUUGUUUCCCUUUCCCGGCAUGCCUGCAAGACUUCACUCUAAGCUGCGUGAGAUACAUGGAGACGCUGCAACUCCUCUCAAACCUCACCUCUCUCACUAAAUUAUUCUUGAAUAUGUGGGGAGCUUCAAGAGAUGAGGGCCUAUGGCCUCUUCUAGCCAAUGGCAGCCUAACAAAACUAACCGUCUACACUACUACUCCUACCUCCGAUUUCUUUGCUGGUUCCGGUCCGUCAGACCCACAUGACAGAGAGGUUUUUUCCCGUUCCUCUAAGCUCUUCGAUCUGAGUACGGAGAACAACACAGGAGUCCUUGAUGUUUCCAUCUGCAGCCUCCUCUCUGCUACCCUCACCAGAUUAGAGUUCGGUUUUGACAAGGAGAUAGAGCGCUUGGCAGAGGAGCAAGAGGAGGCCCUUCAGCUUCUGACCUCUCUUGAGAGGAUCCGUUUUCACGGGGGGAACAAGCUGCAGCGCCUCCCUGCAGGGCUAGACAAGCUUAUCAACCUCAAGCAAUUAGUGAUAUGCGCGUGUUCAGCCAUCAGGUCGCUGCCCAGCCUUCCGAUCUCUCUGCGGAAAUUGGAGAUGGAACGUUGUGCUGCCAUCAAGUCGCUGCCGAACAGCCUCCCGAGUUCUCUGGAAAUACUGAUGAUUAUCGAGUGUGAUGCCAUCAAGUCGCUGCCCAAGGAUGGCCUUCCAAGUUCAAUGCGAGUGUUAGAUGUCCAUGAUGGCAACAGUAAAGAGCUCAAAAGGGAGUGCCGCAAUCUGAAUUAUCUGAUAGGAACCAUCCCUAUUGUCAGAACCUACUCAAUCCAAGGGUUCUUCUACUAGCUUCCUACAAUUCCGAGCAAGGUUACCAGCGCAAGCAUGAUGGUCUGAGUUUGUUUCUCCCAUCCUUCACGUAAAACUGGGCUCCAUCUUGGAGUUGUACAUUCUUCCAGCUUUGUAAAGUUCUCUCCACACAUGCACGUGCAGGUGGCACAUGAGGGUCUAGUAUGAAAACCCAAAAAUCUGAUGUGGCCUGUGGCAUAACCUGGGGAAUCAACACAAUUCAGUACGCACAUGAUUGUGAAGGUAUAACCCUUUCGUGCCCACGGAAGGUUUCAUGAUUGCCUUAGCUAUGCUAGAUUGUAUUCAAUGUGCAAUUGUCAAACUCUUAUUUCCUCAUGAGACCUAGGUUAGAGAAAUUACUGCAUUCUUGCUAAGUUGGCAGUCUAGCUGUUGAGCUCGCUUAUAAUUUCUGAAUUCAUUGCCAUACUGAAUUAAAUAACAUAAGAGAGUUUUCAGCUGAUACAUAUGUAGCCGUGAAGGUAGAGAACACCUGUUGUUGGGUGAUGGAUGAACAUUGAUUGAGCAAAAAGGCCCGAGCUUGCUAAAUUUUAUUCAUAGAACCUCCCAAUUUAAGUAUGGUGAAGGUGAUUUCAUUCUCUUGUUCUGGA